AGAGCACCUUUGGUAGGCCUGGCUGCAGGAAUAGGCCUACGGGUGAGCUAUAAUGAGGGAAAUAAGAGAGGCUGUUGUGUAAAGGAAGCUGUCAUGUUUGGUUUCAUUGUCAAUUGUUUGUUGUGAUCUCAGACCUGGCUUGGCGGAGGUUGCCAUGUUGAGACAAGGCAACACUGUCCCUGGUACCGUGUUUGGUGACAGCCACAGCAACAGAAGACUGAACAUUGCUGUGGUGAGGUGUGGUUGACUCUCUCUCACUCUCUCUAUCUCUCUUUGCAAGCCAAAAACAACCCUGUCUGUCUUGCUCUUCCCUUUUGUAUUUGAGGUCAUAAGGCAGGAAGUGUGACCCAAACUUAACGUGACCCAUAUUCCCCCUACAAAUUACUAUGUUAACCUUGUCAUCUUCCUCUUCUUCUUCUCUAUCUCUUCUAUAUUUCAAUCUCUCUCUUCUGUUUGUCUCUCUCUUCCUUGCUCCUGUUCUCUCUGUCUCUUUCUCCCAAACAUUAUCUCCUGCCACAUUUGCUGACCCAUCCACUCCUGACCUCGCCACGCCUGCUGUCACCACCACCACAUUUGCUGUCACCACCACACCAGAGAGCAGAGAAGGAGGAGGAGGAAACGAGACAAGCCAUGUAGAGUGGAGGGAAGAAGAGGGAGGAGGAAAUGAAUCUGAGCAUGUAGAGAGAAGAGGAGGAGGAAACAAAACAGAUUCUGUAGAAGGCAAGAAAGGAAUGAAGGUUGUGAAACAUUUCUACCUCUGGACAAGGAGAAACUCAGGUAACUCAUCGGCUCAGGUCCUUGACCCCACACGACCCAGCAGCAUCUCAGGCAGCUUGUUCCGGGAAGGCAAGACCUUUGUCAUCAUCCACGGCUUCCUGGGCUGGGGCACCGAGCCUUGGAUCCUCCACUUCAAGGAUAAGCUGCUGCGAGUGUUCCCUAGCAGCAAUGUGGUGUCCGUGGACUGGCCGGCCGGGUCAGCAUGGUGGCUGCCCGGCUACUACACUGCUGUGCAUCGAGUGCCGGGGGUGGCUGAGGACUUGGCGGCACUCCUACACAGCCUGGCCACCACCUGCCACCUGGAUCUGCAUGACCUGCAUCUCAUAGGGCACUCCCUGGGGGCACACGUGGCUGGCCUGGCUGCUGCACCUCUGCAGACCGUUGGCCGCAUCUCAGGCCUGGACCCAGCUGGCCUCAUGUACCACAACGUGCCAGCCAACCAGCGCCUCGACCCGUCAGAUGCCACCUAUGUGGACGUUAUCCACACCAAUGGCUGCAACACCUUUGACAAGUGGUUGGACUGCUACGGCAUCAAUGAGAACAUCGGCCACAGCGACUUUUGGCCCAAUGGAGGAAAGCACCAGCCAUCCUGCACCAAGAAGAGGAAGAGGGUGACUAAUGGUGAGAUCGGGUGCAGUCAUGAGAUGGCUUACAUGUACUACAUAGAGAGUCUGGAUUACAGCGUAGACCAAACCUACUACCUGGCCCGGGCAUGUGGCAGCUGGGACGACUAUGAGGCCGGCCAGUGCAGUUGUGGCAGGGAGACACAGUACAUGGGCUUCUCUGUCAACAUCAGACUGAACGGGACCUACUACCUCUCCACCAAUGACUCGCCCCCUUAUGCUACCAAGGAUGAUGGAUGCCCUCCGGGGAGUGCCACAGGGCCGGGGGUGAGGAUGAUCACCACAGCACUCAUCUCUGCCUCGACACUCAUCUUAGCAAUCCAUGCCAUUGUCUUCGUGACCAAGGUGGCCAGGAGGAGGUGGGCAGCGAGGGAAUGGCAGGUGGAGGCUGUUGCUGGUGGUAGCAGUAGUGGUGGUAGUGUUGGUGCUAGUAGUGGUGAUUGUGAUGGUGAUGUAUUGGUGGAGACGAGUGAUAAGGUGCCUAUUAUUGGGUAGUAGUGGUGGUGGUGGUGGUGGUGGUAGUGGUGGUUGCUGAGUGAUGACAGUCACACACUCACUCCCUACAAACAAAUAUUCACUUCCACAGUCGCCGCUGGUUAUAAUGGUAAUGAUGUACAGUUAGUUAUAGGGUGUCUGCAUACACACACACAAAGUGAUACUAGAUGUGGAUCAGACGGUUUACAUGAAUGAUAUGAUGACACUAAGUAAUGAAGUGUAGCAGGGUGGUCCACAAGGCUGUCCCUUCCUGUCAGGGGUUGAUGAGGCUAACAGUGAAUGGUGUGUGUGUGUGUGUGUGUGUGUGUGUGUGUGUGUGUGUGUGUGUGUGUGUGUGUGUGUGUGUGUGUGUGUGUGUGUGUCCCAGAGUGCAACAGUUGGCCCUCCCACUGGUGGCUAUGAAGGGGCAGGGCAUCAACACAUAACACUUUCAGUUCCAGUUUCAGUUUCAAUUACAACACAUGAACCACAAAACCAUACUUAGAACACACACAAACACACAAACACAUGGAUAUAGGCAUAGACAUGUAAGACAUACAUGGAUACAUAUAUUUGAGAGGCAAGACUUGAAGUAAUGAUAAAGUUGCAUUUAAUGUAAGUCCCGAGAAACACUUCCGUCUUAUCUAAGUGUGUUCUUCACAGACACGUGAGACACAACAGUCUGUACGUAGUUUAAGUUGCAAAGAGGGGACAGUUAGCAAAGCAACAAGUAUUCCUCAGUUAUGUUAGCAUAAUACUCAUAUAUAUCUACUUGAGUGACAGCAUCCUACAGCAUUAUAAUUUGUACAUAAUUUAAGUUGCAGUGAGCAAACAGUCAGUUAGCAAAGCAAUAAGUAUUCUUCAGUUUAUCACAAGUUUACUACUUAUAUAUAUAUAUAUUGGUGUGUGGAUGUGUGUGGCCAGCUGUUCUGUCCUUAAGGUCCCAUGGUGUGGUAGGAUAGUCCACAAGGCUUUCCCUCUGCACCAGGGGCUGGUGGGGGUAAGAGUGUGAAUGAUUGUGUGUGUGUUUCUCACUAUAUGUGGGACUGCCAACCAGAUAUACAGAUAGAUACAAUUUAUACAGAUAGAUACAUAAUCCAAGUUUCAGAGGGCACUUAACAAGCAAAGCAAUAAGUACUCCUCAGUGUAUCCAAGUGUAUUACUUAUAUAUACUUGACAGGCAAGAUCCUUCAUUAUCAGAAUCUUAUAUAUAGGUAAUCUGAGUGUGAGAGGACACAGUAAGUGCUCCUCAGUGUAGCCAGACGUGUUGCCAACUUGCUCUUGUGAGGCAGAGGCUUGCAUUCAUAUCUUAUUUUUAUACCUAGUUUAAUAAGUUUGAAUAAGAGGACUUCAGUAUAUUAGGAGUUAAUUGUGAUUCCUCUAUAAUCUUGUCAUACUUGUGUGCACUCAGUCCCUUAGCAGAUAAGGUAAACAUGGUGGUGAGGCAUCGUGACACAGUGAGAGAGAGGCGAGGUGAAGAGAAAUACAGGGAUUGUAUGGCAACUUUAUUCCUGAUUCAUUUUGCUUAGUUUCUGAUUUCAUUUAUCACUAGUAAUAAGCAAAACCAUUCAGGAAUAAGUUUACCUGACAACGCCUGUGUUUAUUGUCACCUUGCCUCUGUCUGUAAGUAAUUUUGAGUCAUAAAUGUGUGAUUUGCACAGUAUUGUAAGGUAGUGGAAGUCUGCACUGUAAUCUCUUGCACAGAAUAUUCUAAACCAUAACAUUAUGAAUCUUAAUAGAGUGGAUAUUAUAUAACCAUUCCUUUGAGCCUUGUCAGUGAGUCUUCUUUGGGGAAUGCAAGGUUGUUAUGAGCAGUGAAAGUUUGUUCAUGCAGUGAAGGGUUACCAAGAUUUCAGUAACCCACAGGCACAAACACAUUGGUACUGGAUGGUGGUAGUGGUGGUGGUAGUGGUGGCACAUAUUGGUGUUGACAGUGGCACAUGUUGGCAGUGGUGUGAAUAGUAAUGAUGGUGAUGGUAGUGUGUGUUGGUGAUGGUAAUGAUGGUGGCACAACAGUGGUGAUGGUGGCAAAUGCUGGCAGUGGUUGGUGAUGGUUGGUGGUGAUAGGUGAUGGCAGGCAAGUCUCACUACCCUGUGCAUCCUUCCACACUCCAUCCACUGUUCAAUAAACCAUCACCACCCAUUUCUAAAGGCUGUGGCAUGUAAUACAGCUUAAGACUCCCCUUCACUUCUUCACUACAUUCACAAGAGUGGUUGGUAAUGCCAAGUCUUAACUAUGCACCCAUCAAUCAGGGCUGCCAACAUUCAAUAAACCAUCACCACCCAUUUCUGAAGGCUGUGGCAGGUAAUAUAACUAGUGAGGGGUGACAGGCAGUCAGGAAUUAGUCCACUGGCUAGGCUGUGUGUAGUGUGCUGCAUUGUGGUGCACCUUCAGGUCUAUGUAGUGAGUAAUACUGUGAUAUAUAUACAUACAAACAUACAUACAUGCUAUAUACUUCUGUAUCAAUAAACUGGAUUUGUA